CCAGUCGAUUGAAAAUCUAAGAAAGUUGGAAGUGAAUGGCUAUCGUUAUUACACACCCACAAAAAUGUCCAAUACCACAUCAACUACCUAUUUAUCUCUCUUUCUCUCUCUGAACUACUCUCUCUCUCUCUCUCAUUCUCUCUCACUACAAUGGCUGCACUGCAUUCUCUCGCAUUUUCUUCCCCAGUUUCUCACUGUCCUCGCCAGACUCCCUUUCUUUCAGGCAUGGCAGUUGGGGGCCUUGGGGCUGUUCAUCGAAGUACACAGUCCUCGUUCAGUGGUCAACCUCUCCGCCUGCAAAAUACAUAUUGCACCCAACGAAGAAGUUCUCAAGUUCGAAGACUCGGUAUAACAAUGAUGGUCAAACCAACAAUUCAGUUCAUUCAAGGAACCGAUGAACAAACAAUCCCAGAUGUGAAGCUAACCAAAUCAAAGGAUGGAACUAACGGAAUGGCUAUAUUCAGCUUUGAGCAACCCUCAGUCUUUGACUCAUCGGGUGAAGUAGGUGAUAUCACUGGCUUCUACAUGAUCGAUGAGGAAGGGGUUCUUCAGUCAGUUGAUGUAAGUGCCAAGUUUGUCAAUGGAAAGCCUUCUCGAAUUGAAGCAAAGUAUGUGAUGAGGACUCCAAGGGAGUGGGAUCGAUUCAUGAGGUUCAUGGAGAGAUAUGCUAAUGUGAACGGGUUGCAGUUCGUCAAGAAAUGAGGAAUGUAUAUCCUUCCCUUCCACUCCUCCACUUUCAUUUUCCACUACAGUAGUUUUACUUUGAUUGUAUUGGGUAAAAACGAAAAUUUUGAACAACAUAGCUGAUAUCCUUGUAGAGCUGAUGUGUACCAAAUCCUCCCUCUUAUGGGGGUCCUGUUUCAAUCAAUCUUGUUCAUUGUUA